CUGGGCGCGGAGGCGUCACGUACUCCAUGGUAACGACGCUCGGCCUGAAGAUGGCGGCCGAGACGGGUGGAAGAGCGGGCUCCUCAGCUUCAGGCCGGGGCCCGAGCCGGUGGCACUGGAGCGGUUCUUUAUGGGUCCGAGGCGUUUUACUCCUGUUGGGCGGGCUCUGGGCAAGCGCUACAUCUAUUCCUGUCUCCUUGGGCAAUUCUUCUCCCUGCCGGCACCACGUCCCCUCUGAGUCUGAGGUCAUAAAUAAGGUCCAUCUUAAGGCAAAUCAUAUUAUAAAGAGAGAUGUUAAUGAACAUUUAAGAAUCAAGACUGUCUACGAUAAAAGUAUUGAAGAGUUGCUCCCUGAGAAAAGACACCUUGUAAAGACCAAACUUUUUCCACAAGCUGUUUCUUAUUUAGAGAAGACUUUUCAGGUUCGUAGACCUGCGGGCACCAUAUUACUUAGUAGACAAUGUGCAACAAACCAAUACCAAUACCUUCGGAAGGAAAAUGAUCACCAUAGAUGCUGUACUGGGGAAUGUGCAGAGCAUACAAGAUGUGGCCCCGUUAUAGUGCCUGAGGAGCACCUCCAGCAAUGCAGAGUCUGCUGUGGGGGUAAGUGGCCCUGUGGAGCAGUGGGUGUGCCAGACCAAGAGGGAGUCCGGGAUGCAGACUUUGUUCUUUAUGUUGGUGCUCUGGCCACUGAGAGGUGCAGCCAUGAAAACAUCAUCUCUUAUGCAGCCUAUUGUCAGCAGGAAGCAAAAAUGGACAGGCCAAUUGCAGGAUAUGCUAACCUGUGUCCAAAUAUGAUCUCUACCCAGCCUCAGGAGUUUGUUGGGAUGCUGUCUACAGUGAAACAUGAGAUUAUUCAUGCCCUGGGUUUCUCUGCUGGGCUAUUUGCAUUCUACCAUGAUAAAGAUGGAAAUCCUCUAACUUCAAGAUUUGCAGAUGGUCUCCCACCUUUUAACUAUAGUCUUGGAUUAUAUCAAUGGAGUGAUAAAGUAGUUCGAAAAGUGGAGAGAUUGUGGGAUAUUCGAGAUAAUAAGAGAGUUCCUCACACUGUGUAUCUUCUAGUAACACCUCGUGUUGUUGAUGAAGCACGAAAACAUUUUAACUGUCCAAUUCUGGAGGGAAUGGAACUUGAAAAUCAAGGUGGUAUGGGCACUGAGCUCAACCAUUGGGAAAAGCGAUUAUUAGAGAAUGAAGCAAUGACUGGUUCUCACACCCAGAACCGAGUCCUCUCUCGAAUCACUCUGGCGUUAAUGGAGGACACUGGCUGGUAUAAAGCUAAUUACAGCAUGGCUGAGAAGUUAGACUGGGGCCGAGGACUGGGCUGUGACUUUGUCAGGAGGAGCUGUAAAUUCUGGAUUGAUCAGCAGAGACAAAAGAGACAAAUGCUGAGCCCUUACUGUAACACGCUCAGAAGUAAUCCAUUGCAGUUAACUUGCAGACAGGACCAGAGAGCAGUUGCAGUGUGUAAUUUGCAGAAGUUUCCGAAACCUUUACCUCAGGAGUACCAGUACUUUGAUGAACUCAGUGGAGUACCUGCAGAAGAUCUGCCUUAUUACGGUGGUUCAGUAGAAAUUGCUGACUACUGCCCUUUCAGUCAGGAAUUCAGUUGGCAUUUAAGUGGUGAAUAUCAGCGCAGCUCAGAUUGUAGAGUAUUGGAAAAUCAACCAGACCUUUUUAAAAACUAUGGUGCUGAAAAGUAUGGACCUCAUUCAGUUUGUCUAAUUCAGAAAUCAGCAUUUGUCAUGGAAAAGUGUGAAAGGAAGCUGAGUUACCCAGACUGGGGGAGUGGAUGCUAUCAGGUUUCUUGUUCUCCACAAGGUCUGAAGGUUUGGGUUCAGGAUACUUCAUAUUUGUGUAGUCGGGCCGGGCAGGUCCUCCCUGUCAGUAUUCAGAUGAAUGGCUGGAUUCACGAUGGAAACUUGCUCUGCCCAUCAUGUUGGGACUUCUGUGAGCUCUGUCCCCCAGAAACAGAUCCUCCAACUACUAACUUGACCCGAACUCUACCCCUAGAUCUCUGUUCCUGUUCCUCUAGCCCAGUGGUUACACUUUGGCUUCUGCUAGGCAAUCUAUUUCCUCUGCUGGCUGGAUUUCUUCUGUGCGUAUGGCAUUAGGAAUGGAAAAGUGAAUUCUGAAGACAUUCCUUUGUGUCAUGUUCCUCUGAACAAAGCACAAAAUCUGGGCGAGUGCCAGCCUAUACAGAUGGCAGAAGUGGCAUUCCUGACUUUGGCUUGGAAGUGUUGACCAUAAUCAGAUCUUGAAGCAGAGCUUCACAGCAAUCACGCCUCAUCAGCAACCCAACAGCCUCAAAGUUUGGAGAAGGAGGAGGAAUUCCAAAUCACCAAGUCUCUUUAUUUUUCAGGAUAAAUACUCUUCUUGAAGUUUUCCUUUGAAAAUGGGAUAAUAGGUGAAAAAUUCAGUUAUUGCAUACCUCAGCAUCUUCAUUAACCUAAAACAAUGGGAAAGUUCAUCACUGCUGCAAUAAUUUAAAGAACAGCUAAUCAUUGCAAGGUUAUAAGUUGUGGACCCUGUCCUCAAAAGUAUAAAUUGUCCUUUGACUUACAGAAAAUAACUUGAAUUGGGAUUUCUACAUCACUAUUAUACCUAUUUUGAAUUUAAUGACUGUAUAUGGUACACCUAAAUCAUUGUUCUCAUUGUUUUUUUUUUAAAUUAUGUUUUGCUAAAUCUUAUGAUUUAACCAUGCUAGCCUUUUCAAACCAGCUGUGUGGCAGUUUCCUGCUGAACCAUUAGGUGUUGGUAGCUGUAUCUGUACUCAUUGAUCUUCAGAGAGUAGCUUCCAGUUGUAUUCUCCAUUAGUUUAAUAAUGACUUGAAAAACUGGGAAGCAGAGAGAGAAAAAUACUCUGCCUGUGAAAACAUUGAAGACAUGCAAAUAAAAGAAAACCUAAUUGUAUGUUUUUCAGAUAAUAGUUAUGACAACUGCAGUCCAACAAAAAUAGAACUUUCCUUUUUGACCAAUGAAGAUAAAAAGAAAUUCUGGCAUAGACAGGUAUGCAGUUAUUUUCAAGUGGGCUUAGGAGUUGUUACAGAAGAAUUUGACUAUCUGAAAAUUAUUUUAUGUGUAAGAAGAAAAGAUAUAAGUCAAAACAAGAUGGUCUGAAUUGUUUAUAGCAAAGUGUAGGUUUGGUGUAGGGCCUAUCCAAUAGGGUCCACUUUACCACACAGGGUAUGGCUUAGUCCACAGAAGUCAGAAGGUUGCCUUUGCUUUAAAAGGAGGUAAUGUCUUUUACCUCUUGUAUUUGACACUCUUUCUGUCACCCAUAGAUUCUGGUCCCCAGAAGCAAUUCUGCUCUUGUACUAGAGCUGACCAACCCUACUUAGUAAACCCAAUUUGAAAAUCUUUAAUGAUGAAUGAUGCCCAGUUUUUCUCUCUAAAGCUAAUGAAGUCCUGUGGCAUUAGAAACAUAGCCCUUGGACAUGCAUUCAUUCAUUCACUGGUUGGCCCUUUAAUUCAGCAUACAGUUAUUGAGCACUCAGUUUAAGAAACUGCUAAGUGAACAAACAGCAUAAUUACUAAGGAGUAAUUCCAACUUAUUGUUUGGCACUGGAGCCAAACAGCAACUCCAGCAUAGAGGAAAGUCACCUUUUUUUAAAAAAAAUGCAUACAUUUAAAAUACUUAUUUGCCUACAAUUUUAAAUUGGAGGUAUUUGUCAUUGUGAAAAGCUGGGGGUCUCUAGCAUAGCCAGCCUCAGCUGAAGAAAAUCUAAUACCAAUGGUGUUUCUGCCUAUGUUCUGCAUACUUUAAAUCAUGAAAAGUCAGAGAAAAAUGUAGAGUAUAUUUUUAAGGAAAGUUAUAAAAAUCUAAACUUAUAUACCCAAUGUGAUUAUGAAUUAUCCUGCAAAGUUGUACAAAGAAUUUCACCAAAAAUAAUAUGGAUUCAUAAUAUAUUUGAGACUCACAGUGAUAGGUUCAAUUAUAUUUUGACUGUUAUGCAGUAAUGCCAUUUAGGUAGUAUUGUUUCUGAGCAUGGUGCUUUUUAUACUUGAAAUAUAUUUUUGCUUUACUUUUUAUUGAUAUAAUUAUAUUUGCACUAAUGACUUUCUGAAGAAAAUAUUAUAGAUGACAUUUUUUCUAUAUAUAUAUUUGUUAAGCUUGGAAUCUGGUAGCCCAGUGUUUUCUCUGCACAAACGUAGAACCUGGUAAAGUAUGGUGUUAAGAAAUCUUGAGUUUUUGAGGGUAACUAACAGUGCUGGUGUCUUCCUUCCUCUUCAACAAGUCUUGAAAGUGGUUGCUUAUCACUGAUUCUGCAUAGUAUACUCAGUGAGGAUUUAGAAGGCCACUGAUAAAAUUCUAAAUUUCUAAAAAGAAGGAUUUUUAAAAUCUGAAAUUUCAAUGCAGAAUUAGCAGGCUAGAAUUAAGUUUUGAACUGAAGAACU